GCAGCGGUACACAGCAGCAGCAGAAGGGUCGCGUGCGGCGGCGGCAGCAGCAGCUCAGUGCCGGUGAGUGCAGCGGUGUUUCUGUGGGAGAUGAACUGAGACCCAGCCGGAGACCAUUCCGAGUCACUUUUAACCAAGAUGUCAAACAAGUUUGAAUUUAUAAACUCUCUCAUCAUGUCGGCUCCCAGACAUCGGUGGAGGAUGUGCAAGACAGUAGCUCUGAUCUUCGUCGUGGCUGUGCUGAUGAUCAGCGUGUUUCAGAGAGGACUCGUUGGCACCGGAGGGGACUUACAGAUCGAAAGGAAUGCACGCAUGCAGAAGGAAACGAUAACCUAUUGGAAAGAAAAGCAGGACAAAUUGGCUGAAACCAGACAAGAACCGGUGUAUGAACGAGACUUAGCCAGAACAUGGGACAUCACGAGCGCGAACUGCAGCGCUAGCACAAAUGUUUCCUCUAUAGAAGGUUUCAGUGCUCUGGAGCAGAACUUUAAACAGUUUCUCCUCUACAGGCACUGCAGAUAUUUCCCCAUGAUCAUGAACCACCCAGAGAAAUGUUCUGGAGAUGUACACCUCCUCAUGGUGAUAAAAUCCAUCAUAUCGCAGCACGACAGACGUGAAGUGAUCCGGCAAACUUGGGGAAAGGAGCAGGUCUUAGACGGCAAGAAGAUCAAGAUGCUCUUCCUGUUGGGAACUUCCUCUAAUGAAGAGGAGAAAGCGAACCACCAGAAGCUUCUGGAAUACGAGGAUUAUAUCUACGGUGACAUCCUGCAGUGGGAUUUCAUGGAUACAUUCUUCAAUCUCACAUUAAAGGAGACCCACUUCCUGAAAUGGUUCUCCACCUACUGCGGGAACGUGCGCUACAUCUUCAAAGGGGAUGACGAUGUCUUUGUUAGCGUAAUGAACAUUCUGGAGUAUCUGGAGAGCAGCAAGAACACGAAGGACCUGUUCGCCGGAGACGUCCUCUUCAAAGCGAAACCCAUCCGAAAGAAACAGAACAAGUACUACAUCCCACCUGCGCUGUAUAACAAGACGCAUUACCCGCCCUAUGCUGGAGGCGGGGGGUUUUUGAUGGACGGCCCGCUGGCACGACGGCUCUAUUUGGCGUCAGAAACGCUGGAGCUCUUUCCAAUCGACGAUGUGUUUCUUGGAAUGUGUUUAGAGGUGCUCCAGGUGACACCUAUAAAACACAACGCAUUCAAAACUUUUGGCCUCUUGAAGGAUAAAAAGAGCAAACUGAACAACGAGCCGUGUUUCUACAAGAGCAUGAUCGUGGUCCAUAAACUCCUCCCUCAGGCGCUUCUGGACAUGUGGAGGUUGGUCCACAGUGACCUCGUGUGCACGCUCAAACCCGGGCUGUUAUGGGAAGCAUCAAAAAAUCUGAAUCAACAGUUAUAGCAAUUUUAUGGAAUGUGAACAAGAUUUGAUGUAACCCCACCCCUUGUCUUUACCUUGUCUUGGUGUCCAAAUGAAAUACAAAAGGGACUUUGAAGGGAGGACGCUCUUUUCUAAACGGACCAACUUGGCCAAUUCUUCUGCUCAAAAAUAAUGGCGCCCCCAUAGACUCCUCUAGCUUGGAAUGCAGUACGACUCAUAUCGGUCACUAGCAACUGAAUGUGAUAAACUUAACUUGCUUUUACAAGGAAGGACAUUGGUUCUGAUGCUGUAGUCUCACAACCAUUUACCUAACAACAAGUUAGUGAACGAUUAGUAGCUAGGCUACUAUUUAUUUUUGCUAACAGUCGCAUCUGUAUGUUAUUAAUUAGCGACACGUCUUUGUUUACAUAAAGGUCAGCAAGUGUACAAUUUUUAGGUGCACUCUGAAUGACUAUUUCUUUCAAAGUUCCUUCCUUUUGUUUGGCAAACUUAGUGUGCUGUUUGAAAGAACAAAGAACUUUCAACAUGUUUAAAACAGCAUUGCACGUCCUUCCUGGAGAAGGCACAUUUGACACGAGUGUCAUGAACGUUAAAAAAAGAAAUAGCUGAAGAAUUAUUUUUUAAACUACACUAUGGGGAUAAGAGGGUAUUGGGUGAUUUAUUGUGGUUUAUUUUUUGGGUAUUACACUGAUUUGUGCUGAUUUGUGAAUGUAUUUAAAGUAGCAUUAGAUGUUCUAAUGAAAUAGAAGGGAACAAAAACAUCUCUACCUCAUCGUGGAGUUCUGAAGUCUGGAUGAACUUUUUUAAUCAACAGCAGUGUUUUAGUUGUGAUUUUAACAUACCCUCAUACACUUCCCCUUGAUCAGUUCACGUGAGUUUUAGUUUUAGAGCGUAAAAAAGGGAGUUGCUGUGAGGUUUACUAGAGCGUUAAAGGGAGUUGCUGUUCUCUGCCUUGAGGAAAAUCAGAGAAGCAACCAAGAGAACAAGAGUAACGCUCAACCUGAUGCUACCACCACCAUGCUUCAACUUGGUUGUAACAUUACAGAAUAGGGGCAAUUUGAAGGAGCUGAAUACUUCUAGAAGGUACUGUAUAUCAGAGCAAUACAGUUUUUUAAAGUUUAUUAGUUUUUAUUUGUCCGGUUCUGCUCAUGACUGUGUUAGCUAGUUAGCACUUCAUGUAUUUCAUAUAAGACUGUAUUUUUGAAGAAACUAUACACUACACAUUCUGCCCCAUGUGAUUUAAGUGCACACGGUUUGAUGCCGACUUCCCAUAAAAAUGUGCACAAAGGUACUUUAAAAACAGUACUGAAAUACACGCUAGCAUUUUCUAAGUAGCAUUUAAUAAUUUUCAGAACUGUCUUUUCAAGUCUGUCAUAGUCUCUUGUCCCACUCUCUGUCUGCGUUUUGUGAUAUUCACUGUUUAUCAGUGUAAAAUAUUUGUAAAUGUGUGUAAAUGUGUGUCUCAAUUCACACACCUGAAACAGAAAAAUGCCUAAUGUGUAGUUAAUACUGUGGAGAAGGUCAAUACAAGUGUGUGAAGUUUAUCUUUUAUGUAAAUUUGUUCAGUAACUGCUGUCCAGAUCUUUUUUCUGUACUUUAUUUGUUCGCAUUUGUGACUAAAACUACAGUUAGGGUACACACUCAUGUCAGAAGUGUGUGAUUUGAGACACAGCAGAAAUAUGAUUAGUGAUAUUUUCCAGCUACACAGGGUAAUAUUCUGUUUUCAUGUCACUUUACAGCAGAAAAAACCCAGUAAGAUCAGACAGCCUGAGAAUAGACAUUGUACAUUAUACUGUGAAAUGAAUAAAUACUCUGGUACUUAAAUUAAAUUAAAUUAAAUUAAAGAUUGACUAGUUUUAAGGUUUAGGGUUUAUGGUAUUUAAUGUUUCUUUUGUUCCUGUUUUAAAUUCUGACUUGUUGAAAUCAGCAAGAAUGUAGAGACAAUAAUUGUAAAUAAAGGUUUAUAAAGAUAAAGAUGUGUGUUCUGCACAUGUCUCUUUCUGUCUCUCAUCACA